CCGUUACUUCGGGAACCACGUACUCCCGCAAAUAUUGCAAGAAAUGCUCGAGAUUAAAAGCGGGAUCUAUCUCCUUAAAACGAGUCAUUACUUGCGAAGCCUCGGUUUCCGAAAACAUGCGAGACCAAGUUCCACUGAUGCUAUCAGCCAAAUCACGAAUUGAAGAAAUAAUGGGAUGCUCAGAUUCUUCGUAAAUUCUUCUAAAUUCUUGAAGCUUACGGACAAACUUCGAUUCACUAGUAAUCUGGUCCACCUUGUUCUUCCAGGAAGGAUUCGUAUGUACGACCACACUUUGUACAUCGUCAUUUGGUUGUAUUUUAGCCGAACGACCAAACAUGUGGGUUUUCUUUUCAAAUUCUUCGCGAAGCUUUUUGCGUUGUUCCUUAUCGGCGUAAAAUCCAUAUCGAGAUGAGGUACUACCAUCUGACAUGGUGCUUUUUACUGUCUUAUAAAGAGCGGUUUUACGCACAGGCUGAGUAGCUUUGUCCACGCCACUUGUUACGCUGUCGGUAGUGCCUGCAAUGACCUUACGAGAGAAACGCAUAGGAGCACUUUCCCAAGCUUUAUGCGCUCCACUACCAAGGGCAGAACCUGCCUUUCCUAUAGUUUUUGAAGCGACCGAUGUUCCUUGACGAGCUUUACUAUAGGCGUCGCGGGCGCGCUUAAAAGCAUCGCUUUCGCCCAAGUUGCCAGAACUAUCUUGGAGCGCCUUCACACUGUUUUGAAAGUCCUGACUUUUUUUUAAUUCAGAACGAAAUGUGUCCAUAAAAACUUUUAUAGGAGAUUGUGGUCCAGCAUUUCGGUUUGAAGCGGACGUUUGCAAAGAGCGUUCCAACAGUUUUGAGCCAUAACGGCCACGAACCAUCCUUCGUGAGACGAUCAUCUGAAAUUUUUACUUUGAGGUGUUAUUAAACGAAAGAACAAUUUGAAAGGACUCCAAAGAAGAGCCUUUUUCGACAAACUGGUAUUUGUCGGACGGAUAGGGUAUGGUGGACGUGAAGGAGAAGUGUGCCAACUGAUGGGGCCAUUUCAUAGGGCAAGAUGGCCACCGAGGUAUGUUGGAUGUGAUCGCCCCUCUGUUCUUUUUUGUUCAAAAAAGAAUUACUAAACUAGAAGAAAAAGGAACAUUCAUGUACAGGACGCUGGCAACAACGUUCAUAGUGCGAUUACCUUUGCAUGCACUGUAACAGGAAACAGAAGGAAUUGCCGCAUUGAAGAUAGAUUCCACGAGCGAAUUGGGCCUUUCUAUUAGAGUCUUCGUUCUUUCCUUGCUGAUUACAAGUUAUCCCAUGCUGAAGGUGGAUUUUGUCUUUCCAUGAGCAAACACAGAAAACAUUGAUGAAGGACUUCAUGGUUGUCCUUUUUCUAUAAGAAUUUACACUAGAAGAUUUUACGAGCUUGAAAUGAUAAUACCAACAAUUUAUAACAGCGCCGCGCCUGGUAUCCCAGUCUAUUGCUACAAACAUACAAUACUAUGGUGGAUCAAAGAACCAAUGUAGUUUACGACAUUUAAACAUAAAAAGGUAAAAUACAUCAUGUUUUUCUUCAUUCUAUGUCUUCUUGACGGAUUCGUUUCACUUUGAAUUUUCAAAAUGGUUUUAUGAGUAACAUAAACAAAUACUGUCACUUGCAUUUUGAAAAUAUGAAAGCACCGGCCUCUUUACGUACCAAAAACCAUGUUUUCCUAUGGAAAAGAAAACGCUGUUCCGGUGACUCCUGUGCCUCAGAAAUAUGAUGGGAGAUUGAAAGAGGCUAAAAAUGCUCCAUUAACCUCAAAAAAGCCAGCGAAUGGCACGCCAACAGGCAGAACUGCACCACGAACUAUUUUAGGAGGGAAAAGCACGAAUAUCCGCAAAACGCAUACCUUUGGAGACGAUGUUGUUACUCCUUCUUUGAUUCCAAGUGCUCCUUCUCUUUUAAAGCCUUCACCAAUGGACAUUUCUAUGGAUUCACCAAGUGCUCUGCAAACGCCCUCUUCAACCAAAGAUGAUUCCAUGAGCCAUGAAACCCCUGAUACCAAGGAAAAUUUUGAGCAGUCAUUGUUUGAUAGAAACACACAGCAGAACUUGAUUCACCAGCAUGAUACUUCCGCUAACGACGUCGAGACUGAUGACCUAGAGUACAUGCCACCAACGGCAUCCUUGGACCCGCUUGCGAAUUUGGGCCUCGAAGAUGUGUCGAUCGAUUUUCGUCAACUCGGUAGAUGCUGGACCGCAGACCUUGUCCCACCAGGUCAAACAGUUGCAGAAACGCCUUUGUCUAGGAAUGGCGGUAACUCCGCGGCAGAGAAUCCUAGAGCGGAGGAUGAUGAUGACAAAUUAGAAAAUAUUGAGCUUCCCUUAUUAGAUCUUGACAACGGGAGGCCUCUUACAGAAAAGAAUCCAAACACCGUUUCCACGGCUGCAAAGGUUGGUACGCCAAAAAAACCAGCAGUCGCUAUUCUACCCAAAACACAGACGCUUAAAUCGCGGGUUCGGAAACCGACACUAGGUUCUUUCUCUACAACGCGAAAACCUCUUCGACGCCCUUUGGUUAGUUCGAGUGGUUCUCAUUCGCGAUUCACACGGACUCGAACAGAAGCAUUGUCAACUACGACUGCUAGUCGGCGGCGUCCAACGACCUUUAAGAUUGACUGUUCGUCUUUGGAUGCGGACCUAUUGUAA